CUUCUGGAAAGGCUAAUCACAGUGCUGGGGGCUCUUGCCCUUCUGAAGAGGGACUCCCAUGAGGCUGGGUAUGCAGAGGGAGCAGGGACUCCCCUGUGCUGCCCCCUGUGUCCCACCCAGCUGAGGGGAUGGUGAGAAGAUGUCCUGGAUCCCAGGGAAGUGUUGGGUGUGGUUCCCAUCACAGCUCUCAGUCCUGGCUGGAUUCCUGCCCUGGACAAGGCUCCAUGUGCCAGCCAGGCUGGGGCUGAGCAGGCAGCUGUGGUGGCAGUGUCCUUCCCCCGGGGGGUUUCCUCUUCUGGCAGCAGCUGCUGCCCUGGCAGCUCCCCUGGACCACGGCAAACAGGAUCACCCUCAAUAAAGGUCUGUAAGGUCUCGCUCCCUGUCCUCUGCCCAUGCCAAGGGGUGCCACAAGCCUGCCAGGGUGGGUUCAGCUGCACGGCCCUGGCAGUGCAUGACAUCCUGCUGAAAAGGUCCUGCUGGUGAGGUCAGGCAGGGAAGCGCCAGAGACAACCUGGCCAAACUUCGUGCUGGCUCUGCCAUGCUUGGGGCUGCUGUAGCCUGCCUGGGGAGGGCAGAUUUGGGGCACUCUAACCCUUCAUGCAUGUACUGUGAAUUUCCUGCCAACAGCAUGUCCCACAGUCUCCCAUCCUGCCUAGGGGUGAUGCUGGUGGCUUGAGGACACCCCGAGGGCCACAGCUGAGCCUGGCUGCAGGAGCCAGCAGAGGGUCCAGAGGUGAGGCUCUGGCUGGAGGUUUGUUUCCAGCUCUUGCAGAGGCUGCCAGGCCAUGCUGAGCUGUCAAAGCCCCUGCUGCCCUGCCCUGCUGCUCACCUGCUGGCCGGGGCUCAGCCCACCCUAGAAGGGUGUUUUUGGGCUGGGGCAGAAGGAAGCAAGGGGUGGAAGAAUUCAGUGGUGACUGAGCAGCUGCCGGUGUGACCGCCCCCUCCAGCCUUGCUUCCUAUGCAGGAGCCCAGUGGUGUCCCUGUCAUUUCCUCCCUCUGGUUUCAGGCCUGUUCAGGACAGUGUGGGGGAUUGGUUUCAAGGUUACAUCUCACAUUUCUUUAGCUCCAGUGGGAGAAAUCCAAUGUCCCCCCGGGCCAGCGGGCAGCUCGCUCUGGGGACACUUCCCAUGGGUGCUCUGUGGCUUGACCCUGGCAGGAGGGGCUGCAGGUGAUGGGCGGCCCCCCGGGGCCAUUGGAUGGGGUCUGGGGUACCAGGGUGUCACCUGCCCUGCUCUCUCUCUCCUGAGCCAUUCCGGAUCCUCGUGGUGUCCCUGGGCUCAUCGGGAGCUGGUGGUGCACGGAGGGUGCGAGCCCCCACCCUCCCGGUGACCCCCGGACCCCGCCCGGCGAUUCGCCAGCCCCCCGAGGAUGAAGACGCUGGUCCGGCUCUUCCUAACGCUGGUGUGCGCGGCGGUGGCGGCGGUGCUGUACAUCCUGCUGUGCUACCACGCCCGCGUGCAGCCCUGCUGCUCGGCCCCGGGGCUGCGGGACAGCCCCACCGCAUCCAGCGUCCGCAGCUUCCAGGGCUACAGCCGCGUUCCCGACGGGAAGCCGCUGGAGCGAGCGCUGUGCCGCCGCUGCGCCAUCGUCUCCAGCUCGGGGCAGAUGCUGGGCUCACAGCUGGGACAGGCCAUCGACGGGCAGGAGUGUGUCCUGCGCAUGAACCAUGCCCCCACCACCGGCUAUGAGCAGGACGUGGGGGCACGCAGCACUAUCCGGGUGGUCUCACACACCAGCGUUCCGCUGCUGCUGGGGAACCAGCCCUACUUCUUCCAGCAGUCCCAAGAGACCCUUUACUUCAUCUGGGGGCCAGCAAAAAAGAUGAGCAGGGAGAAGAUGGGCUCAACCUACCAGGCACUGGUCAAGGUGACAGAGAAGUACCCCCAGCUGCAGAUCUAUACCCUGACCGAGGAGAAAAUGACAUACUGUGACGACGUCUUCCAGAACGAGACAGGGAAGAACAGUGUGACCACGAUGCUUUGCAGGAUGAAAUCUGGCUCCUUCCUGAGCACGGGCUGGUUCACCAUGAUCCUGGCCAUGGAGCUGUGCGAGCAGAUCUUUGUCUUUGGCAUGGUCAGCGACAGCUACUGCAGGGAAAAGAACCACUCCAGCGUGCCGUACCACUACUUUGAGAAGGGCCGGCUGGACGAGUGCAAGAUGUACCUGAUGCACGAGCAAGCUCGCCGUGCCGGGCACCGCUUCAUCACCGAGAAAGCCAUCUUCUCCCGCUGGGCCAAGAGGAGGAACAUUGUCUUCAACCACCCAUCCUGGGCAGGCAGCUGGUGGAUGGACUGGGAACCCCCUGUUGGUACAUGGGGGGCAUGAGCUGGACCCAUGCAGUCCCAGCAGCUCCAAACGCCUGCCUGGAUGGACCCAGGGAGACCUGGUUUUCUGCUCUCUCUACUAGGAGGAAUAUUUAAUGCAGGAUUAGACAUGCUGCUGGACUCCAGCAGGACAUGGGGCAGAAAUGCUCAGCCCCGCCAGGGCCACAAACUGGUGCCUCUCACAGGGACAAAGCUCUACUGUGGUCCUUGCCCUACUUGUGCCCUCUGGACAGUGCUGGGUGUGGGGUGCAGGCAGCUGGAUCCAGGCUCUGCCUUCUGCUGCUUGGUGCCUGCAUCCCCUCAGCUGGGAAGCCCUGGGGCUAUGAGUUGCCUUGUCACAAGUGUCCUUGGAUUCAGACCAAAGCAAACGUGGCCAUUAAAAUUGUUUUUAAUUCA